GUUGAAAAUAGUUGUUUCGACUUCGUUAUAAAUUUAUAAUUAUUCACCGUUUGAAUAAUCACACAAACUACAUACACAGUUUAUCAUUACAUAGAUCACUCAAUUCUGAACUAAAGUCAUAAGCUCAAAGUUGUUAAAUAGCAAAAUGGUUAGCGGUCGUGCUCUUCAUUUCGUAUUUAAAGUCGCAGAUAGGACUUUAACAGCAAAAUUUUAUAGGGAAAUCCUCGGAAUGAAGGUUCUCCGCCAUGAAGAGUUUAGUGAAGGAUGCGAGGCAGCUUGCAAUGGACCUUAUGCAAACCGAUGGAGCAAAACCAUGGUUGGAUAUGGCCCUGAAGAUACACAUUUUGUUGUUGAACUGACCUACAACUAUGGUGUAACGCAUUACGAACAAGGAAAUGAUUUCCUUGGCAUCACAGUACAGUCAAGUGAGAGUCUGAAGAGGGCGCAGACUAACAACUGGCCAAUUAAAGAACAUAAUGGUCUGAAGUAUGUUGAGGCUCCUGGUGGUUACAAAUUCUAUAUUGUAGACAAGCCCCAACCAGUUGAUAAAGAUCCCGUUGUCAAAGUUUCAUUGGCGAGUUCAAACUUAGCAAAAUCAAUAGCCUAUUGGAACGGUCUACUGACUUUGAAACUCUAUGAAAAAACUGACAAAACUGCAUUACUAGGCUAUAGUGAUGAUCAAGCUAAAUUGGAACUUGUUGAUAUUGGUGAACCAAUAAACCGCGCAAAGGCAUACGGGCGCAUAGCAUUCUCGUGUCCAUUCGACGAGCAGCCGGUCAUAGACAAGAAGAUCCAAGACGCAAACGAGACUAUCCUCACUCCCCUCAUAUCGUUGGAUACGCCCGGCAAGGCUACCGUGAGGGUCAUCAUCUUAGCUGACCCCGACGGUCAUGAGAUAUGCUUCGUUGACGAUGAGAGCUUCAGACAACUGUCACAAGUAGACCCCUCCAGCGACGCCGAACUCGAUAAGUUCAUAAAAUCAGACAAGUCCAGAGCAUAAAAUUUAAUUAUGCUUUAAAAUAUCGGGCAUGGGUACUACUACUAACCUAGAUAUUAAGUUCGAACUCGUAAUAACUCUUUGGAAAUAUAUCCUCCGCGAGAAUAGGAAUGAGUUAUAUUAAUUUUAUCGAAUCACUUUUUAUGAAUAGUAUUUAUUAAUAAACAGUUGUCGUGUUGUCUAAUUUUAACCGUCGCUUGAAUAGUGAAUAGCUUCAGGUCACAAAUUUAAUCAUUACAAAUUCUUAAGUAGUAAGUAAUAACCGUAGUAAUAUUUAUAGGUUUUUCCUGUGUACAAGCGGGAAAAGUUUCGGUUUUUAGAAAAUAUUUUGUCGAUGUUAUUGUAGCUUGUUUGGAAACGAUAAUCAUCGAAUAGUAUCUUUUGAAUUUAGCAAUAAACUUAUAAUUUCGAAUGUUUUUUUCGAAAUUAACACGAUCGAUGUUAAAUUUGGACAAUCCACGAUUGCCUAAUAUUAUAUUUAUUACAUAUGUACGCAUUGUGAUAGUCGUUUUUUUUUUCCUUCGAAAGAAAUAAAUUUGUAUUUUAAUAUUAGGUACUAAGAUUCAAAUACAUGUUAAUAAAUUAUUUAUUCGAUUUCGGCGGUAAUAGACUUUCUAAUUGAAAGUCAAAAUAAAGUACGUACCAAUUUUUAAAUUAAUUAAAAAAAAAAAUAUUUUUACUAAAUCUUGCUACAUUCCAAAUGUUUUAAAUGUUUGCUGUGCUUUAAAAUAUUUAUGUUUGUUAAAUCAUUAGAUUAUUAUAAAAAAAAGUUGCUCACGUUAAUUUGAUAUUUAUAUAAAUAAAUUUUCUUAUAUCUU